AAACUUUGCAAAAACGAAAGCAAAAGUAAGUUCUGAAUUGAUUUUAAAUUUGCCGUAUCUCAGGUAAUAUCCAAUAUGGCAGCAGACGGCACAAAUGCAAUGUUUGGCUUGACAGCAUCUGGUAUGCCACUGUCACAUUUGGAUUACAGCUAUAUUGGGAAAUGUACCAAYUCUUCAGAGCUAGAGAAGAUUGUUAAAGUCUUAAGGUCUGGAGAAGAAGGGACGUACCCUGAGUUAAUAACAUUUGCAGAGAAACAGCUGGAAAGCAUCAACCCUAAAAGUAAAAUCCUGCGUAAAGAUGUCCCUGUUCAGUCAUACAGAGAUUUGGACAGCAGUGAGAGAGAUGAGCUUACUGGUGAUUUCAAGGACUGGAUCUCUGAAAUAAGCAGCAAGGAUUCACAACUAAAGAAGAAUUGUGACAAAUCUUCACCCAAUACUGACAAUCUUCCUCCAAUCAGAUCGUCAAAGACUGUGGGUUCAACAACCUUGGAUGCUGCUCAGGUUUCAAAUCAUGCAAGAGGCAAAAGCAAACGAUCAGCAGCACCAAGAGRAUAUCAUGACUGGGAUAAGUUCAAGGUGGAUGAAGAGUUGAAGGUGUUGGAGCAGAAAGAAGAAGAGGACCUAAAAGUAAAGAAAGACAAAGCAAAGAUCAAUUCAAAGGAAGCUGAUCUGCCUGUGAACGUGAACAYAAGUGGUAAAUCAAAUGAAGAGCUUACUCUUCUGGCUGGAAGAGAAAAAGACAAGGGAAACGAAGCAUUUCAUUGUGGAGAUUACAAAGAAUCCUUGGUUUACUAUUCACGCAGUAUCCAAUACAAACCCACAGCUGCCUCUUACAAUAACAGAGCUUUUGCUAACUUGAGGUUAAAGAAUUUUGACAGAGCAAUUGAUGAUUGUAAUACAGUGCUUGACAUUGAACCAAGUAAUCUUAAAGCUUUCCUAAGACGAGCAUUAGCACAUAAAGGCAAAGGUGAUAGUASUAGUGCAAGAUGUGACUUGAACAAAGUGCUUGAGAUUGAACCCAACAACAAGAGAGCACAGGAAAUUCUUAAUGAAUUAUCUGCAGAUGAAGAAAAAAGUGGAAAUAAGAAUAACGUCAAACCUAAAGCUGAGACACAAACCAAGAAGAAAGGAACACGAAUGAAGAUCAUAGAGGUGGACAAUGACGAAGAAGAAGUUAUCCAAGAAGAGAAGAAACCUGUUGAAAAAGCUGAACAAAGCAGCAAYUCUCCUGUUGACUURACUGAUGGCAGCUGUKUAUCAUCUUCCUCAAAUAAUASCAAAGACAAUUAUGAAUUAACUCCAUCAAAAACAAGUSAAAAUGAUGAAGAAAAGCCUUUGCAAUCUACAAGUAACAAAAGUGAAAAAGAAAGUUCAUCUUCAAGUAAUUCAAUUGAGAAAGAAAAUUCAGAGCAUAAAGAAAUUGUGGUGCCAUCACCACCUCCUGUUGUAGAGCUUCCUGGAAUUGUAGUGAAGUCAAAGGAUGAAGGAAUGUCGUUGUACAAGCUUGGUAGAUAUGCAGAGGCUGCAGAGAAAUUUACAGUUGCAAUUGAGCUCCUUGAAAAAGAUAAAUCUCAAUUCAAAUCAGCAUUAUCAUCAUUGCUGAAUAACCGUGCGGCCUGCCUGCAAAGAAUCGGCGAUGCUUUUGGCUGCAUUAAAGACUGCACAACRUCCUUAGCAUUGCUGCCAGGUUCAGUCAAACCUCUCCUGAAACGUGCUUCCUCYAAUGAGAUGCUGGAGAGAUAUGAGGAGUCAUACGUAGACUUUAAUGCGGUGGCAUUGAUUGAUCCAUCUAACCAGACUGCUAUGAAUGGCAAAUCAAGGGUUAGCAAACACCUAGUAAACACUUAUGGCAGCUCAUGGCGGGAAAGAAUAUCAGGAACUAAAGUAGCAGAAACAAUAACAUCGUCAGAGUUAUUAAAUACUGGUACYAAYAAYGCAACAGAAAAGGUUUUAAAUAUUCUAGGGAACAAACAAACUACAUCACCAGAUGGUUUAGAUCAAAGUACUCCAACUACUGCGAGUGAUGGUAAUCUGAGCACAAAACAUGGUGUAACAAGCACCAUGAAAGAACAGAAAAAGGAUGAGAUUCCUGUAGAAGAAAAUCCUGAGAAGACGUUUGAUCAGUGUAAAGAAAAAGGGAACAUGUUUGUGAAGCAGGGUAAACUAGAGCAAGCUGUCCAAUGUUACACUCAAUGUAUUGACCUUGAUCCAUCUAAAGUAGCUGUAUAUACCAACAGAGCUCUUUGCUAUCUACGACUUGAAAAGUUCACUCUUGCUGAAGAAGAUACAAGUAAAGCACUUGAACUGCAGGACAACAAUGUCAAGGCUCUGUACAGACGUGGUCUUGCAAGAAAGGGAUUGCAAAAGUAUGAAGAAGCUGCUAAAGAUCUUGUGAACUUAAUUAAAAUUGAACCAACAAAUACUUCAGGGAAAAAAGAACUUGAUAUUGUCCUAAAUCUAUGCCGAGAGCAACGAAAGAAACAAAAGGAAGCAAGCAACUCCAAAAGCACAAACAAUGAAACAAAGCAAAAAAAUUCUAUCAAUGAAACAAAGGCCAAGAAUUCUGUGGACGAAACAAAACACAAGAAUUCUGUCAAUGAAACAAAGACCAAGAACAAAGCUGCACAGAGUAAACAAACUCAAAGAAGAAGAGUGCAGAUUGAUGAAGUCAAUGGCAUUGAGGACGGCUCAAGCAACUCCCCUCCAGUGAACCAGAAGUCACCUGAGUCGACACCAUUGAAAGAAACAGUCAACAAAAYCAAGAYAAACCCAACAACCACAAAAACAACACAGGAAAACMCUAAACCAGCUCAUUCAAAAGAUCAGAAGAAAAAGAAAAUUAAACUUCACAAGGCAACUGCAUUUGAUUUCUAUCAAGCAUGGAACUCUGUCAARCAAAAAGACUUGUCUAGUUAUGCAGACAUCUUACGACAGCUUAAUCCAGCAAUGUURCCUAAAGUUCUCAGUAACAAGUUGGAUGCUGACAUGUUUCGAUGUAUUAUUGGUGCUAUUACAGAACACCUUCACCCUAGUGGUGAAGACAAACUAUCGUUUGAUAUUCUACGGUAUUUAUGUGAAGCUCAGCGCUUUGAUAUGGUUAAAAUGUUUCUUGACAGUAAUGAUAGCAGAGCAAUCAAAGAUCUUUAUACCAAACUGGCYUCAUCUCGAACAAAGAACGAAUUCGUAGACGUGGAUACAUUUAAUGGCGUCCUGACAAAAUACAAAGUUUGAAUCAAAUCUGCUUUUAUAUAUAUUGAACUAUUAGACAAUGUCAAUAACUGUCGUACMCAGACGAACCGAAAUGGACUAGUGCUUAUUUGGGGUAGCCAUUUAUUUGGUGAAGCCAUACCCGAAAGUGUGGUUACCGAGGCAACGUCAUCUACACUUGUUUCUUUCAUAUAAAUUGAAAUAGUGGUUAAAAACGAAAGCGCGCCAAACAACAUUAUUCUGGCAACAAYRGUGGAAUCAGAAAAACGUCGAUAAUUGUUUAAACAGGGAAGGUUAAUAGCAGACAUGAAAAAGCACUCAACCUUUAUUGUAGUAAACAGUGCUAAACAAUUGAAUCUCGAGUAAAGACAACAAACCUACGAAACGCRUCGCAAGGAACGUUUAAUUUACCUAGAACGCGAGUAAACGCUUUAAGAGCAUCAAGGUUUACUUUAUUUUGUUUCAUGGGGUAAUCCCCCCCUCUCUCUCUCUAAUAGAAUUAAUAUAAUGUUGGGUUAAAUACGAUAGGAAGAUAGAGUUUCACGGGUUAAAUGUCAUCUAAAGGAAAGCCAAACUCGUGUAUUGUUGUUUGUCUUGAACCGAAUUGCAGACACUAGGACUAUAAUAUGGACGCUAUGUUACAUGUAAUUGUAUACAAUUWAUUUUACUUUUUGGUUUGUCAAUUGGUACUAUCUAAUCUUGUACAAAAACUUUAGUUGUUCUGAAUUUGAUAUUGAUAUUAUUAAAUUAAUAACCUGG